UGACCACAAAGGCACGGUGUUGUAGCUUUUGGAAGUUAAAAUUUGAAGUAGGACGGGGGCUUUGGUCAUUUUCGGGGGAGGAAUGGUGGGUGCUGGGAUUUAUGGCGUGAGGGUGUAAUCUGGCAGCUGACGUGGGACCCGGCGUGAGUCAAUGCACUUUGACACAGCGAAAGUGAAGAGGCACCUUCACGCUGCAGCGAGCCUCGGUGCUGGCAUGGAGAACCCCCCUCCCCCGUCUGCCGUGGUUGCACCCCCCGAGCCCUGGCAGUUGCCCGAGUGCCGGCGUCGCAGGUGCGGCUCUGCUAACAUCUUCCGUGGCCUGGGGCUACGGCAGCUGCAGCGACUCUUCCGCCGAUCCGGGGAUCAUAAUGCCGAACACCGGGCACGCCUGGUCUGGCGGCGCAGCGACGGGGAGGAGCUGGCCCGGGCCCUGAUCGGCCUCAGGACGGGGAGCCGACGAGAAUGUGCCCGGGGGCCACGGUGGCUUAGGGAGUUUGACCAUCUCAGCAUCGGUGAGGUUUCCCCAGAUAGCACCGAGGAGAACACAGAGGUCCAUUUAGACUCCUCGCAGUCUGACGGGGCAGGCACCUCCGAGUCGGCAGGAAGCAGGUGGGCGGAUACAGAGCAGCCCCAGAGAGCCCCCAUCUGUGACGUCCGUGUUCGACACAGGAUGCCAAGGGAAGGGGAGCAAGACAGGAACCCGGAGCGCUACCUUCACCGUGUCCUGCAGAGGCCGGGUCGGGCUGCACAGGGACGGGCAAACAACGGAUCAGCCAAGAUAGAUACAUCUCAGACCAGCUGACUGAACCCCUCACUGCAAUACUACUACAUGAGCUCUAGGGGGCAGUGUGAAGACAAAUCUACCCAUCCUCCAACCUCACAUUCCUGUUGGGAUGUCUGUGUGUGCCCUGCAGUGGACUGGCAUCCCACACAGGGUUUUUUUCCAGUGCUGUUUGGUUCACUGGAACCCAGAACUGGAUAUUGAGUUGUGGUGUGAAGUGGCAGUACACUGUCAGAUCACAUGUCGCUCAGUCACAUGAGACCUUUCCUGAGGAGAAGGACUGACCACCGCAGAAGCAGCAUUGAACGGCACUGCUAGCAUGAUGCUGUGGGUGAAGACUGGUUUUAGUGGUGGAGCAAUAGCGUUGUUUGGUCGCCAUGGUGAUUGGAGGGUGAAGGUUGAAUUUCUUUUUUGCAAAAUGUUUGCGAAGUGAUGAGAUAAUGCCGUGGGUUCCAAAGGGUCAUCUCCCAUAAUGCCUUAAGGUCAUAUUAGCAUUCUUAAGCAUAUGGUUUUGACCUUUAACCCUAUGGUCACAUGAGUCCUACAGAUCAGUCGUGGCCAACUGCAUGCCUUUCAGCAAACACUCUGAGACACAGAGUUUGUUUCUUGGUAGGAUGCCUCAAAACUAAUAUCAGAAAACACACACUACUGGAUCAGAAGGCCACAUUGGAGCUUGGGAAAUGUGGCGUUCGUCCAUACACUCCUGACCUGUAACAUUAGGUGUGAUUGUUUUGUUUAGUAAAGCUACAUGCACAGGAAGAUUAUAGUUGUAUAAAUGGAACGUCCGUCUUACUGUGAGAUACACAGAGCAUCGUGAUGCACAUUAGUUUGUCGAUUUGCCUUCUGUGACAUUUUCCAUUAUCCCUCUUUCAGUAUGAACCCAAUAUUUGUGUCCAAAGUGUCACACUACACACAAAUGGCCUUUGUCUGUCUUCUGUGUAUUAACUAAAACUGUGAGCUAAGUUCAGUGACAUUGCCAGUGUUUGACUGACACUGGGGAAGAUGUCUCCUCUCCCUCUGGAUAGUCAUGGACGCUGCAGUUUUUAUCCAUCCAUCCAUCCACGUUAAAAAUGUCAAAGUGCAACUUCCAUGUUCUGUGAAGGUCCACGUCCACUAACUAUGCAUCAUUAAAAAAAAAAAAAGUAAAAAA